UAUAAAUCUGUAAGCCCAUAUCAAUUUACUGCCACUCAGAAGUGGAAACCAUACAAAAAUGAGAUACAUUUUAACGAGUAUUUUUUUGUGUUCAUUCGCCUUUGCGGUUGAUAUAUCUACGGACUUUACUUCCUCCGGUGUAGUUCCAGAUGUCAUCGUCAAGGCGCCGGGUGAAAUGCUCGCGGUGACAUAUAAAGACAGUAACGAAAAAGAUAAGGAUUUACGAUUCGGAGAAGAAUUGACGCCAACUAUUGUCAAAGAUCCUCCAGCCUUAGCAUGGUUUACUGUGGAUAAUGCAUAUUAUACAGUUGCCAUGGUUGAUCCGGACGCACCGAGCGCAAGUGAUCCAAAAAUGCGAGAAAUGCUCCAUUGGUUGGUGGCCAAUAUUCCAGGUGGUGAUUUGUCGAAAGGCGAGGCGAUCGUCGAGUACGUAGGCUCGGGGCCUUCAAAAGGUACCGGUCUUCAUCGAUACGUAUUACUGGUCUACAAGCAGCCGGAAAAAUUGGUCAUCCAGGAGGCGCGAGUAAGCAAACACGAGCGCGCAGGCCGUCCGUCAUUUAACAUUCGUAAUUUCGCCAAUAAAUACAAAUUGGGCGAGCCUAUUUCUGGAAACAUGUUCAGGGCUCAAUACGACGACUAUGUGCCUACAAUACAUAAGCAGUUGGGCGAGAAUAAUUAAACAUUGUAAUUGACGCAUGAGUAAGGCGCAAAAAAAUAUAUUUGAGGGUGGUUGCUUGCUUGAAACCGUUGCAAAAAU